AUGGCCAUGGAUACCUGCUCCAAGAAUGUAAAGGGGAAGAAGGAAACUGUGGAGGAGAAGGAGAAUGGAAGAGACUCACCUGCAGAUGGGAAUGCUGAUGAGGAAUAUGGAAAGCAGGAAGCUCACAAUGGGUUAGAUGAAGAGGAAUCAGGUGGGUGGGAAGAAGAGGAGGUAGAAGGUGACUGUGAGGAGGAUGGGAUGAAGAUGAGGAAACAGGCUCCAACAGGCAGGCGGGUGGCUGAAGAUUAUGAAGAUGAUGAUGGUGACACCAAGAAGCAGAAGACUAAUGAGGACGUCUAG